AAUUGUUUUCCGUGUAUUCUAAAACGAAAGUAAAACAUUUUUGGAGAACAUUUCACAUCCGCUCUUCGUAAAGUAAGCGGUAUGUUUGGAAUUUGCAAAUGCCAAAUACAAAACCAGAUAGCAGAAUGGAUAGAGAAGGAAUGUCAUUUGGAGCUUCUGUACAGGAUUAGUCUCCAUGGAUGUACCCCUCAGAAGUUCCAUGAGUUAUGUGACAACAAGGGACCUACAGUGACUGUCUUCUACAACACAGACAACAAUCUGUACGGAGGAUACACGUCAAAGAGCUGGGAAAAUAGUGGAGGAUGGUUAAGAGACGAAAAGUCAUUUCUGUUUAAAAUUUUGAGUAACGGUAAAUGGAAACCCAGAAUAUUUUCUCAUAUUAAAACGAACAUAAGUACAAAUGUUUUAAGGAAAAGCAGUUAUGGACCUUGGUUCGAGGAUUUAGGAUCCUUUAGUGGUUCUCUUGAGAAAACCCUUGACCAUUAUUCACUGAGUAAAGGUGGCUUAUUUCGCGGCAGUUACUAUGACGUUGGAGGAGAGAACGCACAAUCCAUUGCAAACGGACAUAAUAAUGUCUUCGACCUAGAGGUAUAUCUCGUUAAAGAUGGUCCACAGAUUAACACCUGUGAUCCUUGGAGAGAUCCACCAGUCUGGGAACCAGCGACGUUUCUUGAACUUAAAAACUACGUAUUAGACUAUGUUCCUAUGGAAGAAGUUGAAGUCCCAGAAGCAAACAUUCUUCUUGUUGGACAAGUUGGUGCUGGGAAAUCAAGUUUGCUUAACACUUUCAAUUCCAUAUUUAAAGGAGAAGUGACGUCACGAGCCUGGACAGGAAGUUCUGAACACAGCAUCACUACAAGUGUAAAACGCUAUAAAUUUUCCCUCCGGGAGUAG